ACAUAAUGAGUGGGAAGAAUGCACAACGAACAAAAGGGAAUGCAAAGCCAUCUAGCAGUAGUCGAGCAGCUGAAUUCAUACAGCAAGGUGGCUUUAUUGGAUUCUCUAAUUUAGCAGGUAAUACUUAUGGAUAUGUGCCACAGUCCAAACCAGAUGACAAUGAAUUGGAUGGAGAUCUGAGAAUGCUGUUAAGGAAAAUGACAAAAAAAGAUUCUGUAACACGACUGAAGGCUAUCCAAGAAUUUAUGUCAUUGUGUAAGGAGAAGGAUAAUGAAGUUAUCAAAAACAUUAUUAGUUUCUGGCCAAGAAUUUACAAUAAAUUAACACAUGAUUUUGACCAUCGAAUUCGUGAAGCAACCCAGCAAGUCCAUCACCAGAUAGCUACAAAAGCAGGACGUGACUUAGCACCCCAUUUAAAAUUUAUAAUCACAAAUUGGUUGAUGGCUACUUUUGAUGUGUACAGUCCUGCUGCCACUGCUGCUAAGUUAUCUUUUGAUGAAGUUUUUCCCGAGAAAAAGAAAAAAGAAGUCUUGGCUUUUUGUAAACAUGAAUUAUUGGGGUCAUUACAAAAUCAACUUUUAAAAGAAACUCCUGAGACAUUAAGUGAUCCAAAGGUUGUUCCAGUAGAAGAAAGAGAGGCAAAAUAUGUUCGAUUUAUGUCUAGUUCAUUUCUUGCACUGCAAUAUUUUAUUGAAGUAUUCUCAGCCGAUGUUAAGAAGUUGGAUAAUGAUCUUAAAGGCUUGUUUUCAGAAAAAAAGUUCUGGAAAUAUGCACGUAACAGCUCUCCUAUGAUUCGAAGUUCAUUCUACACAUUAGUAUCAACUUGUUUUCAACAUAUUCCAGAGGUGUUAAAUGACACAUUGAAUCAAUCUUCUCCAGCCAUCUUGUCAAACCUUGAUGAACAAGAACCUAUCGUUAUCAAGGGCUUUUGGGAUGCUGUUCUUCUAUGCUUGACAACAUUCAAGAACUGCUGGGAUCACGUAAACAGUAGAAAAGCUGUUUUACCUAAACUGUGGAAAUUGUUAAAAAACUGUGGCUAUGGAAAUAUUAAUACUGUUUAUCCGAACUUGCUUCCAUUUCUCAGUAACAUACCAACUCAGGUCAUAGGUGAUGGAACUGGUUUCUAUGAGGAAUUUUUCAACAACUUUUUUGAGGGAUUAUUUUUGAAACAGGACGUUUUGACUGCAUCGGAUACAAACAUUAUUAUGAAAUCUUACAUGGAAUGUUAUAAGUACUUGCUUUUAACCCAUGCAUGUAACAAAGAACUUGUGGAAUACUUGAUUGCAACACAGUUACAAACAGUAUUGACCGCAACAUUUUGUGGGUCAAGUAAACGUCAGAUGUGGUAUGGCGCUCUGUUUAAAGAACUGAAGGGACUUUUUCUGUCAAUUAACGAACAGGCUUUGUCCAAGGGUCUUCAAGAAGUGCAGCAAAAUUUGUGGAGUGUUUUAAAAGAAAUUGUAAUUGUGGAUGAAAGAUUUUCUGGCAAUGAGAAAAACUUUUAUGAAUCAUUAAUUGAUUUAUUGUUUUGUUUCUGUGAGGAAAAUAAUUUCAAAGCUGGUGUUCAAGAUCAAGAUAUUGAGCCAAUAAAAACCAUAAAGGAGAAAUUUGGUGGUGCUUUGUUUGAAUUUGUUUGUAACGUACUAGCUUGUUAUAUUCACGAAAUCUUUAAAAACAACAAUCUGGGUGUUGGUAAACACUUUAAUGAUAUCUUGAUUAGAACGAUGGACAAAGAUCUCUUGAAAUUUGUUACAAUUCAAACCCAAACUACCACAUGUUGCGAAAGCAGUACUGGUACAAAUCUGAUCACUGAUGAUUAUGACAUUUGUGUGAACUUCUUUAAAACGGUCUGUCUGUCACUGUGUGUAGAUACUACUUUUAAUAACAACAUUGAAGUCCUUGUGGUAAAAUUAGUGCAUCUCUUACAUGGAAAUAAAAAGGGGGAGUUCCUUGACGUUACAUUUCAGGAAACAUGCACUUCCAAUGCGACAAAAUUCUUGAUUUUGCUCUCAGAGGUAUUCAAAUAUCAGGACGAUGAGUUUAUCAUGAUGUGGCUACAAAGUAGUUACGUGCAAACACGUUUGUAUUCAUGCAUUGAAAAAACAUUGAAUGAUGAAAAUGAAAGCUCUGUGAAUUUAUCUUGGAAAAUUCUUGAAUUUUACCUGCAGGUUGUAAAAAAUAAUCAAGAAAAGUUGGACAAAUACGUUGGAAAACUUCUUGUUGCAAUCAAGGGCCAAUUUAGCCAGUCUUCAGUAUUUCAUCCACUGGUCGUUGGCUGUUACAUUGGUUUAUGUGGAACGUCUUUUGUACCGUCAGAAGAAUUCUUUGAAACUACAUUGUGUAUAAUUCGAGCAAGCUUAAGGGAUAAUGACACUUCCUAUCUUCGCGAUGCACUGGUCUCUUGUUUUCUGAAAGCUAUGCAAGAGAAAAGUAUCUUGAAAAAAUUGGUUGAUGUGUUAAGUUCUGGGAUAAAAAAUAUGGUUGUGUCAAAAGCUUUCGAAAUGUCUUUGGUGUGCCAUUGUGUACGCAUUAUGUUGGAAGCUGCGAAUCAACAGUCAAUUGAUGAUUUAUGUGGCGAUAAACUCCUGUUUCAUCAGAUAAUGUUUUCCGACCAAGAAGGGUCAACAUUAGAGGUGAAAAAAUCUGAGACCUUAGCGAGAUUUUAUAUUGAACUUUUUGGCGAUUUGGCUCGUUCUGGUUCAAAUUUAGAUCGAUAUGAUGGUAAAAAGAUAGUCAACACUUUGUCACAAUCAUUUGAAAAUAAGAAUAUAUCUACAAAAGACGCUUCUGCAAUUAUAUCGACUUAUACAUUCUUACAAGAGAUGUUGCUCGAAGAAGCUGUAUUAAGAAGUGUCAAAACAAGUAACACUGAUGUUGUUCGCCUUCUUCUUGAUGCAUUGCAAGAAACAAAUCAACUUACAGAUGCUCUGUUAGACCAUUGUCUAUUGCUAGCCAGACCGAACGAGUUUAAAGAAAUGUCGACCGUAACUACAUACUGUGUUGUUGUCUCUUAUCUUCACGAUGUAUCUUUUAUUCGAGCGCUGGUUGAAAAAUACACAGAUGUACUGGAAAAUGAUUUCAAAGUCAAAAAACAAACUAAUCUUUUUGCUUCAUUUUUGAAGCUGUUAACAUCAAUUGUUAGUCAAUGGUAUACAAUCAUAAGCAGAGAUGAUUCAAAAGUGGUUUCAAGUGAUUACCAAAAUGUUAUCGAAACCAUGAUGGAUAAUUUGUUAGUCUGGAAGGAUAAUCAUAGCGAUGAAUUGCUGUUUACAACUACCCUUGUCGACUUUAAGUCCGAUAUCGUUCUGUUAAAUACUCACCUAAUGGAGUUAUUGUACCUUUGUACAAGGACAGCAGCCACAUGUUUUCGAAGUGAACAUUGGGAUUUUUUACUUUGCUCAAUGGUGUCAUGGUUACAGACUUGUGAAGAAUCAAUGGAAACAAGAAAUUCAAAUUUUGACGUUUCUCCAUUUUUCUCUGCAGCUUUUCGACUUUUUUGCAUCGUUGCUAGCUUAUUUUUUAAUCUUUCAACUGACGAAGAUAUGUUGCCUUGCAUAAAAACAGAAACCACGAUUUGUUUGACUCAACAUAAUGCAGAAUUGAUAACAGAAUGGCAAGAGUUCUUUUCCCCCACUGCAUGCAAAACCUUGCUGAAUAUUUACAGUGCUGUUGUUCACAAUGAGCAUACAACUUCAGAAAGUGAAAGAUUCGCUGUGGAUUUGUGCGCAUCCAUGAAGUUCGUACCUUCAUCUGUCAUUAUGAAUUUUAUCUAUAAGGAUAUCGAAUCGGAGAAGAAACGAAAAGCAUCCCUUGAAAAAUUCUGUGCUCAGUCUUGCAAGUUAUUAAAAAGUGGAAAAUGGUAUUUCAAGAUAUCGAGCUAUCAACUGCAAGCUAGGAUUGCUGAUGUGAUCGAAAAAGUGUUGUGUGAAGAUGAAAGUAAAAACGAAGAGGAGGAAAGUUGUAGAAAAUUUCCACCUUCAGUACUAGCUGCGAUGGAGAGCAGUCGUGACGACAGCUUGCUUCUUCUUUCCGAGGAAGGAGUCUCAAUAAAAUCUCCUCUCCAGAAUCUCAGCAAAGGCCACAAAAGUGGUUCUUUACUGACGUAUUUGUUGUCAUGGCAACUUCUGUUACGUCUUUUCAAAAUGUCUAAAGCUGAUGAAAGAGCAAAAUUUGCGAAUUAUUUCCACAAGAACUGUCACGUGUCUGAUUUGAUCACGUGUUUAUUUUGCAUGCUUCCUUCCAGUAUGGCAACGACGGCAGAUAACAUAGCAACGACAGCGGAUAUCUCUCCAUUCAUAUUAGAUCCUGGCUACAUUGAGAUACAAAGAGUUGCCUUUCAUUUGCUGACGUCAGCAAUGGAGUGUAUACCUGCUUUAAUCAGACUGUGGUUCAACAACAACACAAAUAGAAAAGAUGCUGCUCUUGUUGACAGAUUUGUUUCUGCGUAUAUUUCACCUAUCUUACUAAAAAAGGAUUUUCAAAAGCUGGACUGUUCCUCAAAAGAAUUUAAUAACAUGGUGGUGAAAACUCGACAAGUAGCUCGCGAAGUUGUAGCGAUUUACACGGUAGACGAAAUAUCAAUGGAACUGGUUGUAAAAUUGUCUUCAAACCACCCGCUAUCACCUGUGUCAGUGGAUUGUGGGAAAAGAAUCGGUGUUUCCAAUGCAUUAUGGAGACAGUGGAUGUUGCAGCUGACAACAUUCUUGUCAUUUCAGAAUGGGACCAUACUUGACGGGUUAGCGUUGUGGAAAAAGAAUGUAGACAAGCGAUUUGAAGGUGUGGAGGAGUGCAUGGUGUGCUUCUCCGUGCUUCAUGGUUCGAAUUAUUCGCUACCUUCUAUAGGUUGCAAGACUUGCAAAAAGAAAUUUCAUCCAUCUUGCUUGUACAAAUGGUUCAACACAAGUGGAAAAUCAACAUGCCCGUUAUGUAGAAAUAUAUUUUGAUAAUUUGCUAUAAAAAAUGUCAACGAAAUCAACAUAA